GUGAAAAUUGUAUAUACAUUCGGGUGGACCGGGUCUAUUGUGGCGUUUCCCUAAAAACAUCCGGUAUAUAGAAAUAGAACUGGUGUAGUCGGAGAGAGCCGACGUUCCAACAGAGGAAGAGAGAAAGAAACGAAUACAGAUUGCAGCUUUUGAUGGCUUCCACCGCUGCCGUGCCGUUUUGGAGAUCUGCAGGGAUGACCUACAUCUCAUACUCCAACAUCUGUGCCAACCUAGUCAGGAACUGUCUCAAAGAACCCUACAAGUCCGAAGCUAUCGGUCGGGAGAAGGUCCAUUUUUCUGUUUCCAAGUGGGCUGACGGAAAGCCUGAGAAACCUACCAUUCGCAGCAGCGAUCCUUCUGAAGUAUGAGGCAGGAAGAUGUCUGCAUUUUCAAAAUUUUCAUAUUUACUAAGCUGAUUAUGGAUCUGAUAUCAUUGGUUUUUUAAAACACUGCACUUUGCUAGCAUAAGAUUGUUAGCUACAAUAAAAUUCCUACUGUUUUGUUGUAUGUGGAAGUUUUCUUUUUUCUUUUGAUUCUAUAAUAAUUGUUGAGUUGACAUGGUUGGGGUCAAAAGCUGUUUGUGGUUUGGGGUUGGCUAAAAAGACACCCCUUUUUACCAUUUAGACAACCCUAAUUAAUUCUGAAGUAUUUUUAUUGGU